AUGUCUCAAUUCAGAGCUAAGCGACUAGAUCUCGGCGGCUUCAUCAACGCCAGAGUGAUCCGCGACCACACGAAGCGAAAGGUCUUUGAACAAUUCGAGCCGGAAAGACAAGCUCUCCGCUACGCAAUUCGCAACACUUCCCUCCCUCAACGUGUGCGCGCACAAGCACAACUCCAACUCGCCCAAAUGCACGCCUAUACCCGCUCCACUCAGAUCAAGAACCGAUGUGUUGCUGGAGGUAUUGCGAGGGGAGUUUUCAGAGAUUUCAGACUUGCACGGUAUCAAUUCCGUCAACAAGCGCUAGCCGGUGAGCUACCGGGUGUGAGGAAAGCGUCGUGGUGA